AUGCGGGGAAGCGUGUUUACUCUGCUCAUCAUCGCUUAUUUAUUUGUCGUGGCAAGUGGAAAAAGUGAGAAAAAAGUGGAAGAGAAUCUGUUGAAAGGCCCGAAGGACCUCUCGCAGCUGAUGGACCUGAAAUUACUCCUGGAGAGGGCGAAUCCUGGUGGAAAUUCGACGGAUUCGACUCAGGUCUCGGCCCAGCAACAGGGGCCGUGCUUCUGCGCCGCUGGAGUGUGCACCUGCUGCUCCAGAAUACUCCUGAACACGUGGAACCAGAAGGCAUGUGUCAAGGUCAGCUACGAUCCUGAUGAAUUCAGCUUCACAGCGACAGUCUCGAUGAACGACCGUGUGCUCUACACACGCGCUGUCUCGGGGAAGAAUCCAAGGCCUAUUUGCGUCCCGGUUCCCAGGAUACCCGCUAUCAGAGCCUGCGUGAGGUUCUACAAUAUCUACUUUCAAGGGAGAAAUGUUCAUGCCUGUGUCAGCAUGGAAGGCAAAUUCAGCGAUACGACGCUUUUCAAGAUGGGACUGGACUGCAUACGACUCGGAGCCAAUGGAGUGGCUCUAGUGAGACCUGAGGACGGUGGAGGUAUUGGCCAAGUAGAAUUCCUUCCAGAAGAUCCUGACGACGGUAAUGACCCAGACAGCGAAGAGUACGACGAAUACGAUGAAGAGGAUGACGAUGAUGAUGACGACGACGACGAUGAUGACUAUUAA